UUUUAUUUGUUAUUGCAUGCCGUUUCUCUCUCUCUUUCAUUCCAAUCAAAUGUUUGAAGAUAACGAAUGAAAAAAAAAAAUCUUGUUUCGUCUUGUCUGGUGGGAUCUUUCAUGUUCUCUUCAUCGACUGAAUCAUCAUCAAGUUGAUCAUCAACUUUCGGUGUUUCUGGUGGUCACAACAACAACACAAACACACACACACGUAAACAUAAUCGACCACAAAAACUACCAAAUAUGCGUUGGUGGUGAUGGUGAGCCUAAUAUUAUUCCAACAAACAUAUAUCGUUUCGAUGUUUAUUUUGAACAUGAUCCAUAAACUCUAUUGAUCAAAUCAUAGUAUAUGUGUAGUGGUCAUGAGUUGAUGUCGAUCAUACCAGGGGACAAUUCAAUUCAUUCAUUUUUUGAUUUAUGAAUCCCCAAUUGUAAUUCCACUUGAAGAAUAAAGUCCUGAUCAAUCAUGUUCCAAAUAAAAAUCUUAAUAAUAAUGAAAUGAUGACCAUAUACAGACAUAAUGAUGUGUCUAUAAUCUGGCCGAUUAAAUAUUAGCCGUUACUUCAUUUCUCUCUCUCUCUCACACACACGCACAAGAUUUGGCGCCCGUGUGCAAAUAAUUCUCAUUUUUGUUUAUCUCUCAAUUGUUCCAACCAUAUCCUAUUGGCGAUGAUGAUGAAAAGAUAUCCUUGCUGUAGGAUAAUACAUCGAUUAUUUAGCCAUUUCGAUAUGUUUGUGUUUGUGAUUUAUCAUCGAUGAAAUGUUUUUUAAAUACAAUUCUCAAUACACAGAACAAAGAUAAUAAGACAUUCAUUUCAUGUAUGAUACUCGUUUAUUCUCCAAAUCUAUAUUGCCUUGAUCCAAUAAUCAUCGUCUUAUGCUUAAUCAAUCAAUCAAAUAAGAUCUGAAACAACAAAGUCCAACUACAUUUAUCAACGUAUUGUUGAUUAUUAUAAUGUAUACAGCCAACAAAAUCAAAUCCAAUCCUCCGUUAAAUUGAUGAUUUUCUAUAGUUAAUCAGUGAAUUACGCAUUUUUUUUUCGGUGUGACAAAAUAUCCAUUUUUACUUUGCUGAAUUUAUAAUCAUCGUGUUAUUGGGACAAAUCAAUUUUUCUCAAAAUUCAAAUGGUGGCCGUUAAUUCGAAUGGCUAGCUGGUUGGCUAACCUCAAGUGAUUAAUUAAACAACUUUGGAUUGAGCCAACUUUAUUUUUUUUCUGGAUUGAUAGCCAAGUGAUGUAAUUCGACUAUCAAACUACGUUUUAUUUUCUUGUGUUAGAAAUCUUAACGAAAGAAAAAAACCCACUCUUGUGAUUUGAUUGUCAGAAAGACAAUCGUUUUGUUGUUUUCAUUUUUGAAAUUCUGCAUACUUGAUAAUCAUGUCUGCCCCGCCACCACCGCCACCACCACCUUCAUCAUUAUCAUCAUCAUCAUCAUCGAAAUCAUCGGGAGGACGGGCAGCAUUAUUGGCCGAUAUUCGUUCUGGAACACGAUUAAAAAAGGCAACAACGAAUGAUCGUAGUGCACCGAUUGUAUCGAAUAAGUCAUCAUCAUCGCCAACAACAUCGGGAUCGAAUGUCAAUCAUACAUCUCCAUCAUCUGGUGGUACAGUAGCAGCACCAGUAGGAGGAGGAACAGCACAACUUGGUCUUGGUGGUCUUUUCGCAAAUGGAAUGCCAAAAUUAAGAUCAACUGGCUCAAGGUUAUUGCCAUCUCAACAACAAACAUCUUCUUCGGUUACAUCAACAACUAAACGAACAUCGCCACCAAAAAGUUCGUCAUAUAUUGCUCAACAACAACAACGACAACAGAUUGAUUCGAGUCAUAACAAAUCAUACACUUCGUCAUAUGGAAAACAACAUUCAUCUAGUCCUAAAAAUGCAAUAGGCGAUAAUUCAAAUCUAGCUCAAACAAAAAAACGUUUAGAAUCACAUUUUGGUGCCGUCAAUUCAAAUUCAAAACCACAAUCAUCAUCGUUACAUAGUAAAAGUAUACAAUCUUUGUGUACGGUCACAUCUUCCUGUUCGAACGAAUCAACAAUCGAACGCUCUGAAUCUGGAUCAUCAUCGCCCACAUCAUCAUCAUCAUCAUCAUUAUCGAAUAACGUAACAACAUCAUAUCGACGAAGACAUAGUCCGGUGAAUAAUACAACUGGUACAGGAAAACCUACACCACCACAAAAAUAUUAUACAUUGAAUCCGAAAGGUAAAUCGUCACGCAAUUAUUCUUCCGAUAUGCCUGCACAUAAAGGUCAAGCACCACCACCACCAGUACCGACGCAAAAACCGACAACAUCCGUGUCGACAUCAAAUUUGCAUCGGUCAAAUUCACGGCCAUCGGUUUCAUCGGCAAAACCAAAACCGCCUAGUGUGAAACCCCCACCACCUCCUAAACAAAGUGAAUUGAGCUCAAAAAUUCAACAACAAAAAGAGUCAUCAUCGACGACAACGAUGAAUAAAAUGACCAAUUCAAGGCCACCAAGUGGUGAACAAAAUCGAUCUGCUUUGCAUCAUUUUAUGCAAACACAAUUAUCAAAUACGCUUAACACCAAUCAGAAUUCUGUCACUACAACAGCAGUACCAAAACCACCUGCUCCACCAAGAAAUACAAGCAAUCCAAAUCUGAAUCAAAGUCCCGUUGUUACAACAACUUCGACGACUCCAAGACCUGCACAAUCGGUGAAUCAUAUUAGUGGAAGUGGAAAUGGAAAUAAAUCAAUACGGCCACCGCUCUGCCCACCACCACCACCUCCAAAUCGACAAUCAAGUGUUGCAACCAACAAGACUACGUUAACAACUGCAGCAACACCAACAAAUCAACGAUCGAUAUCGAGUUUACAUCCCCAUAACAAACCGGCACCACCUACGCCAUUACAAUUAGUCUUGCCUAAUAAUUCAACUUCGACACUGGUGGAUGGUGGUGUUCUACCUUUAAAUCAAACAGAUCAUUUGCCGCCACCACCACCACCAAUUCGUAAUGCGUCGAUGACCAAUAGUCGAGCCGAUACGUUUCAACAACGUUUUUCUGAUAAAUUUCGUGAUUUAUCUCUGUUGCCAGCACCAUUACCGUUUCGGAAUACGAUGCCAAAAAUUUAUCCCAGUCAAAUGAACAAUAAGAAUCGUCGUCGUGAACCACCACCACCACCGCCACCUAAUCAACAUGUACAGACAACAAAUGGUCCACAACCACCGCCAUUCAUAUCGGCCGGUGGUCCAAUGGAUGGUCGUUUCCAUAUCCGAAUCGAUAGACAAGUGAAUAACUAUUGAUCGAUUGUUGCCAGGAAAAUCUUUUUUUUUCAUCAUUUUGUAAUCUCAACAUACAUGUGAUUAUCAUUUAGGUUUCAGCCAUUUGGUUUGUUUUUCAUUUUCAGUUGUGAUCAAAUAUCCAAAACAAUAAUGUUACUGCAAAAGGGACCUUGUCAUUUAUGAUGGCGUAAUCUUAUAUUAUGAAACUGGAUAUGAGCAAUAUAAUUUUCAUAGGAAAUGUAAAUAUAUUAUAUGCUUGUGUGUGAGAGAGAGAGAGUGAAACAAUGUUUUCACUACGAAUACAAUUAUUUAUACCUGGAUUUUUUUUCAUUUCAAUUUUGUCAAUACACAAAAAAUAAUUAUUGAUUGAUUGAUAAUUUGUUACUUGUUUUUUUCGAAUAAAAGAAUGUGAAUUCUUGGAUCAAUCAUUGGAUUGAUUCUACUUUA